AUGCCCAUGAUCGAGACGAACUUGGAUGUUCUUUUCCCGAACAAAAGCCUUUGCCCGCCCUUGAGCGAGCUGUACUUGAAGGAGACCAAGGCAUUCUACGCCAGCAAGAUACAUUUCUUCAAUGGCAAGAAUUGGCAGAUCCGAACAUUACUUGCGAAUGGGAAGCACUACACCGUGCCGGUAGUAGUAAAUACAGGUGGCAUCGCUUACAACCGACCCAUUUUCUCCGACUUUGUCCAGAUGCACUUUCUGCCGAACUACCAGAGGAGCAUGUGGCACGGACACACCAAAAGACACGUGCAGUUCCCCACGCCUCUCGGUGAUGGCAUGAGCAUCGAUCAAGUAUGGCCUGGAGGUGAAGGCAACACUUUUGGCACCGAGGAGGAGCUUCGAAAGCCAAGCAGCAUCGCCUUCAACUUGGUGGGACAUGAACUUGCAGGCAUUAUUGUCGAGUGCAACGGCCUUGUAUGCGAUCUCGAAGACAUGGCUGAAGAAGGAGAGGCUCUAGAGUACAUCCAAACGUAUCGUCGGAAGACGAUUCAGGCCAAGGCAAAGCGCUUCGCCAAACUGGGCGCGACAGUGGAAACCAUCGAGCGCGAGAUCAGUGCGACGAGUGCCGACCCAAUGACGACGUGGGAUGAAGCGUCCCUUCCUGUCCCAGAUGAGCUCUGGGUCAAGUAG